UAAACGAUAAAGGAUAAACGAUAAACGGCGCGGGAGUGCGGCUGGCCCUGACCCGGGGGGUGGCUCCGGGAGGCGGCGGCCCGAGCCAAGGCUCCGCUCGCCGUACGGGAGGACGGGGCAGUGAGGCGUGGUGGCGUCCUGCUUCGUCUGCCCGGCCCUGGCAGCCUUUGUUCCUUCCUCUUAUCCAUCCUGCUCYGUCCUGCAUCCACCGAACAACUGCMUCCCCGYCUGCUCCCGGCAGCCUCCCGCCGUCCCUCCCCGUUCUGCCCUGCRCUCCCCGAGCAUACGCUUCUCUGCUUCUCCCGGCAGUUUCCUUCCCUUCCUCCAUCCCACCCCGCUCCAUSCUGCAUCUGCCGAGCAGGGGYUUCCCUGCUGCCCGUCGYAGCCUUCAUCCAUCCAUCCCUCAGUCCCACCCCGUCCUGCAGCCCCGCCGAGUAGGUGCUUCCCUGCCUGGAAAGCGCCGUGCCCGCGGCUGGCGUGUGGUGACACUCGCUGGGUUAAAUAMGAUCUCUUAAGGAUAAUAUUCUUAAUCUCCAAAGAUGACAGCUGUUGCAGUGCUAGAGGAAGCACUGGAGUCUGUUGAGAAUGAGCUUCAAGCAGUGGAGAUACAGAUACAGGAGCUUGUGGAUAAGCAGCAGGAACUCCUUCAAAAGAAGAUGAGAAUAAAGAACCUGAUAAAACAGUCCUCAGGAGACUUGGAGGCAGGUGCAAGUAAAGAUGGUGAAACCUCAGCUGAGGAAUGGAACAAAAAAGAUUUUCCAUGGUAUGAGAAGAUAAAGACUGCACUGCAGAGCAAAUUUAAACUCCAGAAGUUUAGAUCACUGCAACUUGAAACAGUAAAUGCUGCAAUGGCAGGAAAGGAUAUAUUUCUUGUCAUGCCUACAGGUGGUGGAAAGAGCCUUUGCUAUCAGUUACCAGCUGUCUGUUCUGAUGGUUUUACACUGGUGAUAUGUCCUUUGAUAUCUCUCAUGGAAGAUCAGCUCAUGGUUUUGGAACAGCUUGGCAUUUCUGCAGCUUUAUUAAAUGCCUCAAGCAGSAAGGAACAUGUUAAGUGGGUCCACACAGAAAUGUUGAACAGGAAUUCACAGCUGAAGCUCAUUUAUGUGACCCCAGAGAAGAUUGCAAAGAGCAAAAUGUUCAUGUCCAAACUGGAGAAGGCUUAUCAAUCUGGGUGCCUGGCUCGYAUUGCUGUGGAUGAGGUGCACUGCUGCAGUCAGUGGGGCCACGACUUCAGGCCUGACUACAAGUCUCUUGGUAUCUUGAAAAGACAGUUUCCCAAUACUCCCUUGAUUGGAUUGACAGCAACAGCAACCAAUCAUGUUUUAAAGGAUGCCCAGAACAUUUUGCAUGUUCAGAAGUGCAUUACCUUUACUGCUUCCUUCAACCGGCCCAACCUUUACUAUGAGGUUCGGCAUAAGCCUUCAAAUAAUGAAGAUUUCAUUGAGGACAUAGUUAAGACCAUUAAUGGAAGAUACAAAGGACUCUCAGGAAUUGUUUACUGUUUUUCUCAGAAGGAUUCCGAGCAAGUUACUGUGAGUUUGCAGAAACUGGGAAUCAAGGCAGGGACUUACCAUGCAAACAUGGAUGCUAAACAUAAAACCAAAGUUCAUAAAGGAUGGGCAACAAAUCAAAUCCAGGUUGUAGUGGCAACUGUUGCUUUUGGCAUGGGAAUUGAUAAACCUGAUGUGAGGUUUGUAAUUCAUCACUCUAUGAGCAAGUCCAUGGAAAACUACUACCAAGAGAGUGGACGUGCAGGUAGAGAUGACCAAAAAGCUGACUGCAUUUUGUAUUAUGGGUUUGGAGAUAUAUUCAGAAUCAGCUCAAUGGUAGUGAUGGAAAAUGUUGGCCAAGAGAAGUUGUAUGAUAUGGUAUCAUAUUGCCAAAAUAUGAACAAGUGUCGCCGGGUGCUCAUAGCCCAUCACUUUGAUGAAGUCUGGGAUUCAGCAAACUGCAACAAAAUGUGUGAUAACUGCUGUAGAGAGAAUGCAUGUGAGAAAAUGGAUGUAACAGGAUACUGCAGAGAUCUAAUCAAGAUCCUUGAGCAAGCUGAGAGCAUGAGUGAGAAACUCACCCCACUGAAAUUAAUUGAUGCCUGGUCUGGGAAAGGUGUGUCCAAAUUCAGGGUUCCUGCAGUUACUCCACCCAAGCACCCUCGAGAGGAACUGGAGAGAAUUAUUGCCCAUUUACUUCUGCAGCAGUAUCUGAAGGAGGAUUUCAGCUUCACAGCAUUUGCUACGAUAUCCUACCUGAAAGUGGGACCGAAAGCCYGGCUGCUGAAAAAUGAGGGGCAUGUCAUCACCAUAGAAGGAAUAACAAAUAGGAAAAAUGUUUCCAAGGUCAAAUCAUCUCAAUCUUCAAAUUCAAAAGGAAGUGGGGAAAAUGCCCAGACUGUAUCAAASACUGUCCAAAAUUCAGUGGUGAAGAAAUCACAGGAACAUAAACGGCCCAGCUGUAGUCCUAACUUAAAAGCAAAGAAGCCUAAGCUUCAGGCAGCUGGAAAUGAUCAACCAGUAGUUAUUGACUGA